AUGCAGGUUGUCAAGGGGAUCAAAAAGGGGGAGCCGACGUUCGUGGCAACCAUUGCAAGUCUAGAGGAACACAAAAAUUUUCAAGAGACAGUGCCGCCUUGCAUAGAGAAGUUGCUUAAGGAAAACAAAGAUGUCAUGCCCGACGAGUUUCCUAAGCACUUGCCGCCCAGGCGAGAGUUGGAUCACAAGAUUGAGUUGGAGCCAGGGGCUAAUCCACCCGCAUUUGCCCCAUAUCGUAUGGCACCUCCUGAGCUAGAGGAGCUCAGGAAACAAUUGAAGGAGCUGCUAGAUGCUGGUCACAUUCAUCCAUCAAAGGCAUCUUUUGGCGCACCAGUCACCGUGAAGAAUAAGUACCCGAUCCCGCUCAUUGCUGACUUAUUCGAUAAACUUGGGGAAGACAAGUACUUUACCAAGGUGGAUCUUCGAAAAGGCUACUACCAGAUUCACAUUACGGAAGGGGAUGAGCCAAAGACAGCAUGUGUGACGAGAUAUGGAGCCUUUGAGUGUGGAUGCUCAGCAAAGGCCGCACCAUUGACUGAGUUGUUAAAGAAGAACAAGCCAUGGGUUUGGACAGAGCAUUGUCAAAAGGCAUUUGAAUGCCUUAAGACAGCUGUAACAGAGGAGCCAGUCUUCGCAUUACCUGACUUUGCCAAGACAUUUAAGACACAGAAGAAGCUCACACCAAAACAGUCUAGGUGGCAGGAUUUCUUGGCCGAGUUUGAUUAUGUGCUGGAGUAUAAGCUGGAAAAAGGUAAUGUUGUAGCCGAUGCCUUGAGCCGGAAAGUCGAGCUUGCUGCAAUUACUUCAGCGAGAUGGGACAUUAGGGAGGCUAUAAAAGAAGGCAUUCAGCAUGAUCUAGCAGCCAAAGAGCUUAUCAAGUUGGCCAACAAAGGCAAGACGAGACGAUUUUGGAUAGAAGGCGGCGUACUACUUACCAUAGUCG